AUGGAAAAAUUGGAUAAUAUAGUAAAUAAAGUUAUUAGAAAAAAAAAAACAAAUUUACCAAAAACUGUAUAUAUAAAUAAUAAUAAUUGUAAUAACACUGUAAAUAAUAAUAACAAUAAUAAUAAAAAUAAUAAUAAUAAUAAUAAAUGUAUUAUGGUUCUUUCAUGGCUUGAUGUUAGUCCCUUAACUCCUGGUCCUUCCACAAUUAAUUUAGGAAUUGUUUUAUUAAUAAAUGCAAUUAAAGAAGGUUAUGAAGAUUUUAGACGUUAUCAAAGUGAUAAAAGAACUAAUUCCCAAAUUUGUAAAGUUUUAGAAAUUAAAAAAAAUGGUGAAAAUAAUAAUUUAAUUUCAAAAUAUUGGAAAGAUUUAAAAGAAGGUGAUAUUGUUUUUAUUGAAAAUGGUAAUUGUUUUCCAGCAGAUUUAAUAAUUUUAAGUAGUUCAGGAGAGUCAUCACCAGGUCAAUGUUUUAUUGAAACUUCAAAUUUAGAUGGGGAAUCAAAUUUAAAAUAUAAACAAUCAAUAUUAGAAAUAAAUGAUAAAUUAAUAAAUUUCAAUAAUAAUAAUAAUAAUAAUAAUAAUAAUAUAUGUAAUUUUAAAUUUAAUGAAAAAUCAAUAAUAGAAUGUGAAGGAGCAAAUUUAAAUUUAAAUAAAUUUGAUGGUUCAAUUCAAUUAUUUAAUGAAAAUAAUGAAAAUAAUGAAAAUAUUGAAAAAUUACCAUUAACAAUUGAACAAUUAUUAAUUAGAGGUACAAGAUUAAUGAAUACAAAUUAUAUUUAUGGAUUAGUGGUUUAUGUUGGACAUGAAACGAAGUAUAUGUUAAAUACAAUGUCAACACCAACUAAAAGAUCAAAAUUAGAGAAAACAAUGGAACGAAUUUUAAUUUAUUUAUUCAUUGUUCAAUUAUUGUUAUGUUUAUUCUCAACUUUAAUGGGUCUUUAUUUUGAUUUAAAUUUCCAUAAAGGAUCAUGGUAUCUUGACAUUCCAACCAAUUUCCCAAUGACGACAUUCACUAGAUUCUUUACUUUCUUAGUUUUAUUCUCAACAAUGAUUCCAAUUUCAUUAUAUGUUACAAUUGAAGUAAUUAGAUUUUUACAAGUUUUAUCAAUUAAUAAAGAUAAGAAAAUGUGUUUUAAAAUUAAAAAUAAAAAUAUUCAACAAAAUGAAUUAUCACCACCACCACAACAACAACAACAACAACAACAACAACAACAACAAAAUACAAAAGAAUUUGAAGAAACAUUUGCAGAAGCUAGAACAUCAAAUUUAAAUGAAGAAUUAGGUCAAGUUGAAUAUAUUUUCUCUGAUAAAACUGGUACAUUAACAAAGAAUGAAAUGGUAUUUAAAAUAUGUUCAAUCAAUGGUAAAAUCUAUGGUGAAUUACCAAAUGAUGGGUGUAAUAUUAAAUCAUAUACAUCAAUUAAUGAAAUUGAUGAUAAAGAAUCUAAAGAAGGAGAAGAACAACAACAACAACAAUAUGAAAAAUUAAUUGAUUUAUCAAUUAAAGAGAAUUUAGAAUUUGUAAUUGUUUUGGCAAUUUGUAAUACAGUUUUACCAACUAUUGUAGAAGAGGAUCAUGAUUUUAAUAAAAAUUUUAUAAUUAAUUAUUCAUCAUCAUCACCAGAUGAAACAGCAUUAGUUGAAGCAGCAUAUAAUCUUGGUAUAAAAUUAUAUUCUAAAACACCAAAUUCAAUUACAAUUUAUAUUGGUACUACUGGUGAAUUUAAAACUUUUAAAAUUUUAAAUAUAAUUGAAUUUACAAGUGACAGAAAAAGAAUGUCAAUAAUAUUACAUGAUCAAGAUUUAAAUCAAAUUAUUUUAUAUUCAAAAGGUGCUGAUUCUUCAAUUUUACCAUUACUAGAUAAUAAUAAUAAUAAUAAUAAUAAUAAUAAUAAUAAUAAUAAUAAUAAUAUUGAUGAUAUUAAUUUAAUAGUCAAUAAUGAUAAUGAUGAUGAAAAUGAAAUUUUAAAAAAUAGUAAAGAAAGUUUAAAAUUAUUUUCAAGUAAUGGCUUAAGAACGUUAUGUAUAACAAAGAGAUUAUUAAGUGAUGAUGAAUAUUUGGAGUGGAAUAAACUUUAUAAAGAAGCAAGUUUAUCAAUGAUUGAAAGGGAUAUUAAAAUGGAAUUAAUUUCAAAACAAAUUGAAACUAAAUUAACAUUAUUAGGUGUAACAGCGAUUGAAGAUAAAUUACAAGAUAAUGUAUCAACAACAAUUUCAACUCUAAUUAAAGCUGGUAUUAAGAUUUAUAUUUUAACAGGUGAUAAAGUUGAAACUGCAAUUACAAUUGGUUUAUCAUGUUCAUUAUUAAAAGAUUUACAAUUAUUAAUUUUAAAUGAUUUUAAAUCGGUUGAUACAUUAUUAUUAAAAUUAAAUUAUUACAUUGAAUUAAUUGAGAGAGAAUCAAAGUCGAAUGAGUUUGGCUUGAUUAUUGAUGGUAAUACAUUAACAGUUUUAUUAAUGUUAAAAGAAUGUGAAGAUAAAUUUUAUAAAUUAUCAAUGUUAUGUAAAUCAAUUGUGUGUUGUAGAGUGACACCAUUUCAAAAGAGUGAAGUUGUUAGAAUUGUUAAAGAGCGAUCAAGGAACUCUAUUACAUUGGCAAUUGGUGAUGGUGCAAAUGAUGUAUCAAUGAUUCAGAAAGCACAUAUCGGUAUUGGCAUCUCCAGUGGGAAAGAAGGGAGACAGGCAGUGCUGGCAUCGGAUUUCUCAAUUGCACAAUUUGAAUACCUAUCCAGAUUAUUACUAGUACAUGGUAGAUUCAACUAUAAAAGGUUGUCAUUGGUGAUAUGUUAUUUCUUUUUCAAGAAUUUAGCAAGUUGUUUAUUACAAUUUUGGUUUGCAAUUAAUAAUCAAUUCUCUGGUACAACCUAUUAUGAUUCUAUAAAUUCAAUGUUAUUCAAUCUAACAUUUACUUCAUUACCAAUUAUAGUGGUGGGUGUAUUUGAUAGAGAUUUGAAACCACAAUUCCUAUUAAAAUUCCCACAACUAUAUAAAGAUUGCCAAUUAGGUAAAUCAUUUAAUCAUAGGGUAUUUUGGAGUUGGAUUAUACUUUCAAUGUAUUGUUCAGCUGUAAUCUAUGCAUUGAGUAUAUUUAUAAUUGAUGAUAAUUAUAGUAAUCAUAGAAAUGGUAAAAUCGGUGGUCUAAGAAAUCAAUCAUCAUUUGCUUUCACCUCACUUGUAUUUGUUAUAAAUUUUAGAUUAAUUAUGGUUAUUAAAAGAUGGAGUUUUUUAACAUAUCUUUCAUUUGGUAUCACUUUUGGUUUCUUCUUUUUAGUUCAAUUAAUAUAUAAUACAAUUCAUAUAAUCUUUGGUUAUCGUGGUGAUUACUAUCAUAUAUUCUUUCAAAUUUUAAAUUCACCAAUUUUUUAUAAUUCACUUUUAAUUGUUUUAUUUGUUAGUUUAUUACCACAAUUUACAAUUCAAUUUAUAAAAAGAAAUUAUUUUCCAAAUUCAUUAAAUAUAAUUCAAGAAAUUCAAAAAUUUCAAUUAUUAAAUAAUAAUGAUAAUGAUGAUAAUGAUAAUAAUAAUAAUAAUAAAAAUAAUAAAGUUUAA